AUGUCCGGAUUUAUUCGUGCCUUCACCGUCUUUCCCAAGGAGAUGUUUCGUUUGAACAAUGGGAGAUCUAUUCGCUUACGUUGGUUCCCAGGCCCCAUAAAACCAGAGAAGAGGAGUUUCGACAUCUUAACUACAGAGGGGAAAGUUCUGCCCAAAGCUCUUGAUCCGCAGAACUAUAUCAGUCCAAAUGGAGCCUCGAUGCGCCCAAAUACUCCUAUUAUGCAGAACCUUGCCAGAACCUUCAAAGGCGCCUCUGUUUGCAUCUACUCCGUUCCCCCAGGUACUCCACUUCCGAGCGAUCUUAUUCUUGUCCACGAGUACACAGACCACUACUCUUUGCAGCCAAGGGAGGAAAUGACUGUAGAAGAACUUAAUCACAAAAUCACCAAUUUCCUACAAACGAAUAGCGAGUGUUUAACGAGAGAAAAAUGGCGCAAAAAGUACCCGCAUGCUACAGAGACUGCUUGA